AUGGGGGCUCCGGGAGCAGCUCCUCGAGCGGCUUCUCCCGAAGCCCUGCUAAAGGGCACGCUCCCGGUGAAAGGGCUCCGGCUCCGGAGCCCCGCGAAUCCCGCUGAGAGGAGCUGUUUCGAGGAGGUGGAAUCAGAAAAAUCAGGAGGCGGCGACCGGCGGGAGGCUACCGGCGGCGGGGAGGUAGGGGCAGGCGGAGACGGUGACGGGCGGGAGGCAGCCGGCGGCGGGGAGGUGGGGGGAGACGGUGUCGGCAACAGCCGGGAGGCGGGGGCGGAGGUGGCCGACGGCGACGGCGAGAGGUGGGGGCCGGCUGCGGGCGACGAGGGCGGGCCGGCGGCGGGAGACGGGAGCUGGGCAAUGGGGGCUGGGAGCGGAUAG